AUGACAGUUGCCAUCCACUGGAUGCCCUUGAUUGCGUCGAUGGAGCAGAGUGUUGGUGACAUUGGCAAGGUGCUGCUCAUGGCGGGACAGAGCGACUGCUUUCAAAGAGUAGGCCUUCAGCUGAAGAGAGGAAGGGGGACGCUGCUCCGGCACAAGGAUGAUGGUGACAUGAGGACGCACUGCACCGAGAUGCCGCUGCACUAUCGCACUGCCAAUGGCGGUCCUGAUGUCAGCGAUGACCGCACGGCAUAUCCAUCGAUCCUCGCACGUGCCCAUCGUUCAAGCACCGAUGACCUGUCCAAGGCUUACCUCUUCGUUCCAAGCACAGACGUGUCGUGCUGGUGUGAAGAUUUCAUGCACGGCACGUACUCUGGCAACAUUGAGUCGAUUCAUCCCGUGAGCGCAGCCAUCGAGCGCAAUCUCUCCAGCUGA